CACGCACGUACCUGUCUUUGCUUCUCUUUCCGUUUAGGAUCACCCUCAAGAUUAGAUAAAUCGAGAGAAAACCAGCAUCGCAUAUGUCAUAUCACCCGGCCUGCGACGGCCAUGCCACUCCAAUCCAAGACAGGGAUCGACUUGUUAUGUCUUAACGCUCAGAGACUACGGCGGCCUGUCAGUCGCGGCGACCGGUCUCGGCGGCCAUCCAAGGACGCUUCUUCCAAGCGGCGUGAAACAGGGAAGAGACACUGGAUUGUUGACCGACGGAGAGGGACUGCAGCUGCGAUGCUGCGAGAUCUCUUAGAACACAGAUGUCUAAGAUAAGAACAUUCAGCGACUCGUAUCAAUCCACAGGCUGAGAGCGGACGGAUGCAUCCGCCGAUCCGCA